GAGAAGGGUGACGUCAUCUGUGCGACAGGCUUGCAGUGUUGUUAGUAUGUAGCCGCGGCAGCUUCGAACCGUUUUGCUGGAUUUCGCUGCAAAAGAAGAGGUUUAAACACGCGUGUGCAAGACUCGACGAUGAUCGUGUGAGUGAAUGUGUGCGACAGAAACAGAAGUCUGGACCGUGUUAACACACAAACGCUGCCGGCUAAGUGGCUACAUUAGCCAAACAUGGAGGUGGCGGAGGGCAGCCGCGGACUGAGGCUUGUGCUGAGGCUUGUGCUGAGCUCUGUGUUGGCGGUGGUCGGUGUCCGGAAUGGAGACCUGGACCCCGAACCCCCGAGCCAAGCCCUUCAUCCCGCGUCAACAGAGGAGCCUGUACCUCACCUGGAAAUAUAAGAUGACCAACAAGAGGACCAUCCGUCGAUUGUGCCAGGCUGGUGCUGUGCUGUUUCUGCUGAUAACUGUCAUAGUCAACAUUAAACUCAUCUUGGACACAAGAAGAGUAGCUAAUGAAGAUGCAUCAGCUCAAGAAUAUGAGGACGCCGUACCCAACAUGGAGACACCUCGCAGGCCGGCUAAUGGACGAAAGGUGCUCGACAUCGAGGUGUACUCCAGCCGCUCCAAGGUCUACGUGGCUGUGGACGGAACCACUGUUCUGGAGGAUGAUAUGCGGGAGCAAGGCCGUGGCAUCCAUGUAAUAGUUCUUAAUCAGGCAACGGGUCAUGUCAUGGCCAAGAGGAUAUUUGACACCUACUCUCCUCACGAAGACGAAGCCAUGAUCCUCUUCCUCAACAUGGUGACCCGGGGCCGAGUUCUCAUCUUCACCAUAAAGGAUGAGGGCACGUUCCACUUGAAGGACGCCGCAAAGAACCUGCUGAAGAGUCUCGGCAGCCAGGCGUCCAUCAACCUCAGCUGGAGGGACAUGUGGACACUUGUGGUGAAAAAAGGAGGUCAGGUUUAUGGGGAAAAGCACUCGAAGUCUCCCGCUCUGUCCACCUGGGGAGACCCCGUGCUGUUGAAGACUGAGGUGCAGCUCACCGCCUCAGAAGAGGCAGAGUGUCACUGGGCAGACACUGAGCUGAACAGGAGGAGGAAGCUCUUCUGCAGCAAAGUGGAAGGAUACGGCAGCAUCUGCAGCUGCAAGGACCCAGCACCUAUAGAGUUCAACCCUGACCCACUCCCCAUCAAUAACGUCUUCAGUGUCCCUGUGGCUGUUAUUGCAGGGAACAGACCCAACUAUCUCUACAGAAUGCUCAGGUCACUUCUUUCAGCUCAUGGUGUCAACCCACAGAUGAUCACUGUCUUUAUUGACGGAUAUUACGAGGAACCUAUGGAUGUUGUAGAGCUGUUUGGACUGAAAGGAGUUCAACACACGCCCAUCAGCAUCAAGAAUGCCCGAGUGUCUCAGCACUAUAAAGCGAGUCUGACUGCAACUUUCAACCUUCACCCAGAGACCAAUUAUGCCAUUGUCCUGGAAGAAGACCUGGACCUCUCUAUUGACUUCUUCAGUUUUCUGAGUCAGACCAUCCACCUGCUGGACGAGGAUGACAGUCUAUAUUGUAUCUCAGCCUGGAAUGACCAGGGCUAUGAACACACAGCUGAAGACCCGGCCCUUCUCUACAGAGUAGAGAGUAUGCCUGGCCUGGGCUGGGUGCUGAAGAAGAGCCUCUACAAGGAUGAACUGGAGCCGAAAUGGCCGACACCUGAGAAGCUCUGGGACUGGGACAUGUGGAUGCGAAUGCCAGAGCAGAGGAAGGGCAGAGAGUGCAUCAUACCUGAUGUGUCCCGCUCCUACCACUUUGGUAUAAUCGGCCUCAACAUGAACGGAUACUUCCAUGAGGUUUAUUUCAAGAAACACAAGUUCAACACCGUUCCUAAUGUACAUCUGAAGAACGUUGACAGCUUGAAGAACGAAGCUUAUGAAGUGGAAAUCCAAAAUCUGUUGAAAGAAGCGGAGGUACUCGAUCACACUAAGAACCCAUGUGAGGACUCAUUCCUGCCGGACUCUGAAGGGAAGAUCUACGUCAUGUUCAUUAAGAUGGAGUCAGAGAUGGACACAUCCACGUGGACCGAGCUUGCCAAGUGCCUGCAUGUUUGGGAUCUGGACGUACGAGGAUACCACAGAGGCCUGUGGCGGCUCUUCAGAAAGAGGAACCAUGUCCUGGUGGUAGCUGUGCCGAUAUCUCCAUACUCCAUGAAGAAACCAGCCAGUGUCACUCCUAUUCACUUAGAGGCUCCGCCCAAAGAAGAGGGAGCGCCGGUGGACCAGAUGUAAACCUGACACACACACACACACACACCAGGCCUAAAGACCACUAAUAAUCCAGCCUGGAACCGACCACUACACUGAAUUCAGAGGAAACGGAUGCUGGACGAGUUUUGGUGAAAUGUUUUUAAACUUUUUAAACCAAAACUUUAUGACUGUUUUUGUGGGUCACCAUGGCAACUGUGGGCCGUGGCUCGCUCUGUUUAACGGUGGUCUGAUCUGAACGCUACAAGUGACACUCACUCACCAAAAUCACCAGUGUUUUUUAACUGCGGUCCAUCUUGAACAUAUGUUUUAACUUAUCUCUAUUUAUUUUACAUCAAUCAAUCUUUUGUUUUUUUCUUUUAAACGGACGUUUUUGAAGUAAUGAAAUGAUAAUGAGAGAAAAGGGUCAUCAUAUUUCAGCAUGAGCGUGUGAGUGUUUAUUUACAACCCUGUGGGUUUUUUGCUGUGGUUUUUCUCACAUCAGACUUCAUGAGGCUGAGAGACGGAAGCGUCACAGCAGCGUAAACUGCCGUCUCUUUUCAUCACUUUCAGUCUUUCUUUAAUAGUUCUCAGAUGUUUAUUUUUCUUAAAUGUCAAUGUUGUCUGGUUUCUUUGCUCCAUACAACAAACACGGUCAUUUAAAGUGGAGCGUUUUGGUUUGAGAACAGCAAUAUUCUGAGGUUUGUCGUACUUUUUAUGGACUUCAUAACUAAUCAGUUCAUCUGGAAAAUAACGGACACAAAAAUAAUCAUGAUUCAUGUGAACACACAGACAGACUGUAUGAGUUCAGAGUUUCAAGUGCUACUCGCAUUACUUACAUUUCAAAAUAAAGGUCUUUGUUUUCAGUAGA